AUGAACGAGGACCUCGGCAUCGAGGUGCGCGUCUGCAUCGACGGCAAGCAGCGUUGCACCUCGAUCCAGCGCUUUAUUGAAGGCCGUAUCCCCUUCAUCUCGCCCAACACACGCGAAAAGUUCUGGUACACGGACUGCCCGGGCCAGAAGGGCGGCAAGCCCCUUCCCAUCGUCCUGAAACAACGGUUCGACCAGCUCAGUAUACAAGUCGUCGAGUACCGUCACUUGGACAUCCACCAGCAGCGCGACAUCUUCCAGCGUGUGCAGCUCGGCAUGCCGCUCUCCGCUGCCGAGAAGCUGCAGGCACUCGGCGGCCACUGGUCCACCUGGAUCACGCAGCUCGAGAAGAAGUACAUCAAUGCCAACGGCGGCCUUAAGGACACACUGCCAAAGUUUGACGUUACUCGCGGCCGUCCAUUCCAAAUUCUGGCUUCGCUCGUCAUGAUGGUGUACGACCCCGAAAGCAAAACAGUGCCUCACAGCACGACGAUGACCAAGUUCCUUGAGCGUGGCGACAAGCCGGAACGCUCGUUCCAGCUCAAGGUCGAAAUGACACUGUCCAUCUUCGUCGCCAUCUCGACCGACUACUACGACGUCGCAUUUGGAACCAUCGAGUCGCGUGUGGCCCCCGUCGAAUUCAUGGGCAUCGGACUCCUCAUUUUCAAGCGUAUGAACUCGUACGGCAUGUUGCGCCUCGCCAAGGAGAUCACCAAGAUGCGUGAACAUCUCCGUGACGACUUCCGCGACAUCCGCGCCAACACGAACCUGUUCAAGGCCAUCUACGCGUACAUUGAAACGGUGCCUGCCGGCAAGCUGCCCGGGGAGACGUCAGCGCGCGAAGAGUUCAGCGGCGCGGGGAGCGACGACGAGGCGCAGCAAGAGCGCAUCCGCAAGCGGCAGCGCGAGGAGGACCGCGAUGGGAACUACUACGACGCCGCUGCCGCGCGCGGCGAGGAGUCGGUGGUCGCCGCAGGCCUGCGCUCUAAGAAGCAGAAGAAGAAGAAGAACAAAGACAAGGACAAGGAGAUGUCGCCCAUCAAGCGCUCGCCGGGGUCGACCCAGACAGCGCCCCAGCUGGUGGCGGACCAGCUGGUCCAACCGCCGCCCGCGUACGUGCCGCGCCCGCAAGCACCGGCGCCUCCCGUGCAGGCUCCACGGCCCGCGCCCAUAGCCAUGGACCACGGCGCCGCGUACGCGCCCGCGUUGCCGGUCGACCAUUCGCAUAUGCAGAAUCGCUCGCCGCCGCAGUACAAUGUCUCGACCUACCGAAACCAGGCGUUCAACCACCCGAGCUACGGCUACCAGCAGCCGCCAUACGGACGUCGCUAGCAUGAUAUAUGUGUGAGAUCAAACCCCGCAAAACCAUGAAAAUGCCCGCAGCCAGUACCGGGCGUUUCGGAGCACCAUGCUCUUUCACUUCCACAUCACUUCCACAUCCUACACCACCGUCUCACAUGUACCAAUAGCGCUUUUUGGUUUGUGUAGUAUUCAAUGCACCAGUUCGUUUUGA